AUGAUGCUGCGGUACCUCUUCAAGAAGCAGCCAGGGGGGGGCCCCGCCCCCCUCAUUCACAACCCCGUGCGCUGGUGGAUUUUGCUGCUGAUUUGUCUCCACAUGUUUCUCUUCACUGUUGCUGCUGCUGCUUUUGCCUUUCCCUCCAUGUGGGACUUGUACUGCGUCCAGCUCCUCAACAACUCCACCUACUGCGCCGUCUGUGCAGGUGCAAACCCUAAACCCUAA